AUGGCUCCAAAGGCUCUCUUCAGCCUGCUCAACAUCCUGUCCCGGAUGCAAACGGGACUGACGAGUGACUCGCCGACCUCUGCUGCAAACAUAACCGUGGAUGUGAGCCAGACCUUUCAGACCAUCCGGGGCUUGGGGUACUCUGAGGCGUUCCAGCGCGCGCAAUGGGUCUACAAUACCAUGUCGGACGAGCGCCAGCAGGAGAUGUUUGAUCUCCUCCACGACCCCGUUACGGGCGCGGGCUUCUCCAUCCUGCGCAUCGGCAUCGGCUCGUCGGUCGACAGCUCGGGCGACCACAUGAACUCGAUCCAGCCGCUCUCGCCGGGGACCCCCGACGCUGCGGCUUCGUACGUGUGGGACCGCAACGACAGCAGCCAGGUUUGGUGGGCGCACGAGGCGCAGAAGCGCGGCGUCAACCUGUUCUACGGCAACUCGUGGGGCGCCGAUGCCUACAUGAAGAGCAACAACAACACGGACAAUGGGGGCUACCUGUGCGGCGUCAACGGCACCGACUGCGCGACCGGCGACUGGCGCCAGCAGUACGCCGACAAGCUGGUCCAGUGGGUCAAGUACUAUGCCGACGAGGGCAUCAACAUUACGCACCUGGGCCCCCUCAAUGAGCCCGACAUCUCCGUCACGUACGCGUCCAUGGAGGCCGACGGGUACCAGACGACGGAUAUGCUCAAGGUGCUGGCGCCCACCAUGGAAGAGGCUGGGCUGGGCGACGUGCAGAUUACCUGCUGCGACUGGGCUGGUUGGGAAAACGGACGCGAGAUUCUGGCGCAGAUGCAGGAAUCCGGUGGCGAAGAGCUAACCGGAGUCAUCUCGUCGCACGUAUACGGCCAGCCACUCGGAGAUCCAUUCGACACGGACAAGGAAGUGUGGCAGACGGAGUGGGCGGAGCUUUCUUCGUAUUUUGACCAGCCUUGGUACUCGGUCGAAGGAGACACGCGAGGUACUUAUGGAGGAGGCGAGGGACUGACAUGGGCAAACCGUAUCCUGCAAGGCUUCACAGUCGCCAAUGUUUCUGCCUUUAUCAACUGGAUGGGUGCGCAGCCAUCAAAUGCCGCCACUCCUCUGAUCCGGACCAUCAAUGACACCAACAUCAUCUCCAAGCGCUACUACGCCUACGCCGCCUUUGGGCGUUAUGCCCGUCCCGGGUCCGAGAGGGUCUACGCCAGCUCCAGUGUGGCCAACAUUACAGUGGCCGCAUUCAAGUCGACCGAGGGUUUCGCGUCGGGCGGCAACUUGGCCUUGCAAAUCAUCAACAAUGCCGACGACGACGCCUCGGUCCCAAUCACAGUUGAAAACAUCACGCAGGUCAACAAUGCUACUGCGUACUUGGUGAACAAUGAUUAUGACCUGGCCGAGAGCUCGGAUCUUUUGGAGUACGACGGCGCCAGCUUGACUGCCACUGUUCCCGCGCGGUCACUAGUAGUGGUUGCAAUCGAUUCUACAUGA